CUGGCCAUUAGUAUCGCGUAAAGGAUUCAAAAUGGCGUUUGUUGAUGUUGUUCAGCACCCGAUUAUCCGAAGAAACCGGCCAGGAACCAAGGCAAAAGACAUGUAUAAGUGGCCAGAUGAGCCRUUUGAAGAAAUGGACAGUACACUAGCUGUACAACAGUACAUUCAACAACAGAUCCGUGCUGACUACACUAAUCUUAAUGGCAUCUUAGAGCCACCGGAAGGACAAGAUGAAGGAGUCUGGAAGUAUGAGCAUCUAAGACAAUUUUGUAUGGAGCUCAAUGGAAUAGCUGUUAAAUUACAGAAUGAAUGUUCCCCAGCAACUUGUACUCAAAUGACGGCAACAGAACAAUGGAUAUUCUUGUGUGCUGCCCACAAGACUCCUAAAGAGUGCCCAGCAAUUGACUACACAAGACACACUCUUGACGGUGCUGCAUCUCUCCUUAACAGCAAUAAAUACUUUCCAAGUAGAGUUAGCAUAAAAGAGUCAUCAGUGGCCAAACUUGGUUCUGUUUGCCGUAGAGUUUACAGGAUUUUUUCUCAUGCAUAUUUUCACCACAAAACACUAUAUGAUGAAUUUGAGAAUGAAACUCAUCUAUGUUCAAGGUUCACAGCUUUUGUCUUGAAAUACGAUCUCAUGGCAAAAGAAAACUUAAUCGUACCCAUAGAAGAUGCCAAGACAUUAACCCGUAAACCUAGUGAAGAUGAAAACACAGCUGAUCAUGAAGAAAGUGAUGCUUAAAGCUAUUAACAUUAUGACCUCAUGGCAAAAGAAAACUUAAUCGUACCCAUAGAAGAUGCCAAGACAUUAACCCGUAAGCUUAGUGAAGAUGAAACCACAGCUGAUAAAGAAAGUGAUGCUUAAAACUACAAYUACAAGAUGUGUAAAAAGAAAAUAGUUAUGUUUUUCGUUAGAAUAAUYAUGAACAACUAUUCCCUAAAGCAAAGUGAAUGUAGGUGAACCUUAGUGGAUAUUUACUGAAACGUAGUAGAGGGAAAUAUUUACCAUAUUCACUGAGCCUGAGGUGGAUUAUUGUUUUGGUAUAAUUUUAGACUUAGGCCCAGGUCAGACGCCGUAAUUCACAUGAGCCGAACCUAAUUGUAGUUUGGAUCGACUUAUGGAAUUAGAUCGACUGGGUUGAGUCAAUCGUCGAACUUAUUACGAGUAUUUACAGUCGUACCAAAAACAAUCAUUUUUACCACAAUUGUAAAUUUUCUCGCGCGCUGAUUGGUUAAAAAACGUCGUAAAUAAGAGGCCAUACCAACAAAUGGCGUCAUGCAA